CCGCCGAGGUGCUGACACGGUCGUGCCGUGCCCGUGCCGACAUCGGCAGACGACACCGGAGUGCGGCGAGGAGCGGCAGCCCGACGCAGCGCUCACGGUGCGGUCGUGAAACGUGAACACCGGCUCCGCCAUCCGCGCCCUGCUCCAGGAAGGACGCCGUCAUACAACGCGAGCGCGCACUCAAAGACUCCCAGCCGCAGUCUUCCCUUCGCACUCUGGGCGCGCAAGGGUUGCCUAUCCGCCGGUGUGCAGGCGCCGCAGCCCUGCCGCCGUCAUGGCCGUGGUGCCAUCCAGACCGCUGCCUCCGGGGAUUCCCGCUGACUAUAACGAGGCUCGGAGGCUGUUCGAAACAGUGACUGCGGGGUUGAAAUGCAGAGACGUGAUACAUACCACCACCAGUACUUGCACCGGCGCCGGAGUAGAUAUGCUUGGCGCCUGCCUGCUUGGUUCCGUCAAGUACUUCCUCCCGUACUACUUGAUCCACAUCAUUUGGAACGCCAGGAAGGCCAUUUCGGGUGACAAGGAGUUUUAUACGGACCUGGUGCACUGCUACGCGCGCUCCGUCAUGUUCGGGGGUGCGAUGGGGACCACUUUCAGCAUCGUCAGCUGCACGCUGUCGUGAGUAAUGCACGUCCCCAAAAAU